GAUUUCUUCUAAUCUAUGGCUCAUAUGGUUGGUUUGUCUUUGGUGCUAAGUUAUUUUUAUCUGAAUUUAAAAAAAUACUGAUUGCAAUUUGUUUUCUUGGACAAAUUGUGGUUCUUCUGAUUAGUGGAUAAUGAAUCCUUCAUCAGCCAGAUAUCUGUCCUUACGUUUAUCUACAGUUGCCCAAGAGUGAAUUAGUUAUUCCAAAAAUUAAAAUAUGAUGGACUCUUUAGAUGAUGAUCAACUUAAUGAGUGUUUUAAUAAUUAUGAGCAAAACUUAUUAAAUAGUUCUUCAGAAACUGAUUUUCCUCAAGAAAUGGAGAAUAAUGCAGAAAACGAAAGCCCCAGUUCUAAAGAUUUAGAAAUUUUAUUUAAAAAAUUUGGACAUAAAUCAUUUAGACCAAUGCAGUGGAAAAUAAUUAAUUCUAUUAUAAAACAUAAGAGAGAUAAUUUGUCUAUUAUGGCUACUGGUUAUGGCAAGUCUUUAUGCUUCCAAUAUCCUUCUGUAUAUCUGGGUGGGAUUACAAUUGUGAUUUCACCUUUAAUAUCAUUAAUGGAAGACCAAGUUUUGUCUCUAAAUACUUCAAAUAUUCCGGCAUGUUUGCUUGGUACAGCUCAACAAAAUCAAACUCAAACUAUUAGAGAAAUAUUUGAACAUAAAUAUUCGUUAAUAUAUUUAUCACCAGAAUAUAGUACUGGUGACUAUGGAAUUGAUCUUCUGAAAGAUAUGCAUAAAAAAUUAAACAUUGUUCUUGUAGCUGUAGAUGAAGCUCAUUGUUUAAGUUCAUGGGGUCAUGAUUUUCGAUCUUCUUACAGAAAAUUGGGAACUUUAAAGGAUAUAUUUUGUGAUGUGCCUAUCUUAGCAGUCACUGCUACUGCAACUCCAAAAGUUAAAUGUGACAUAAUUAAAGUAUUAAAAUUAUCAAAUCCACAAAUUCUUUAUUCUGGCUUUGAUAGACCAAAUUUAUAUUUUGAAGUUAAUUUAAAAGGCAGUAAUAUAUUUUCGGAUUUAAAAUGUUUAAUGUUUCAAAAAAAUGGCCAGUGGAUAUUUAAUGGGCCCACUAUUAUUUACUGUAUUAGAAGAAAAGAUACAGAAGAAAUUAGUCAGAUUCUAAAAAAUCACGAAAUAGAUUGUGUUUCAUAUCAUGCCGGAAUAUCACUCAAGUUACGUAAAGAAGCUCAUUCAAGUUUUGUUAGAGAUGAAGUAUCGGUUAUAGUAGCAACAAUUGCCUUUGGUAUGGGUAUUGACAAACCUGAUAUUCGAAAUAUUAUUCAUUAUGGAGCUUCUAAUUCUAUUGAAGGUUACUACCAAGAAGUUGGAAGGGCAGGAAGAGAUGGGUUAUUCUCAAAAUGUGUCACUUUUUAUAGCAAUCAAGACUUUCACACUCACGAUUUUCUAUCACAACAAUCAGGCGAUCCGAGUAAAAAAUUAACCAAGAUAGAUGCUAUGAAGGAAUAUUUAGCAACUUGGAAGUGUAGAAGGCAGUAUAUAUUAGCAUAUUUUGAGGAUAAUUCUAAUUUAGAUUUACCUGUAAGAGCAAAUUGUUGCGAUAAUUGUUCAAAGAAACUCGAUACAUCAAACAGUACUAUUUAUGAAGGAUUAGAUUCUCUAGGAAUGUACGAUUAUACUGAUGAUGCUACUAAUUUUUUAUCUGCUGUGAAGGCCUUAGAUGAGUCCUAUGGUGUUGGAGUAUAUACAUUAUUCUUAAAAGGAUCCCAAGGUUCUAAAAUUCAAGAAAAAUACAAAAAACAUCCAAAAUAUGGAGUAGGUCGCAACAAGUCGGUUGAUUGGUGGAAAGCUAUUGCAAAUUACUUGGAAAUUAAAAAGUUUUUGAUUAAACACAGUAUCAAGAAAGGGACAUUUAGUUAUUUUACUAUUGGUUUGGGCAAGGAUGGCAAUCAGUUUUUAAAUUCUGAUUGCAGAAAACUGGUUGAUUAUCCAACACCAGAUCUAGUAAAAUUGUUAAAGAAAAAAACACAGGCUUCUAAAUGGAUAGAUACAGAAAGCCCAAGUACAUCACUAAAUAAAGUAAUAAAAAAUGAUAUAAAUGUUAAUAGUAAUUUAUCAGAAGAAGAUGAAAAUACAAAUCCAGAAAAUGUUGCUGAAAUUCUUAAAAAAUAUAAUAAACUUUUAAAUCGUAGAAGAGAGUUGGCAUCAGCAGCAAAUAUCAUGCCUUAUAUGAUAGCUUCAAAUAGUGUUUUAAUGGAAAUAGCUAAGAAGAACCCCCUUACAUUAAAACAUUUGAAAGAAUUACAAAUUGAAGGUUUUACUGAAACACAAAUUAACAAAUUUGGUGAUCAUUUCUUGAAGGUUCUAUCAGAUAAUCAAUCAAGUAAAUCUAAUGAUAUUCCGAUAAAAGAUAUUUUAGAAAGUCAUCCAAUUGGCAACUCAACAUUCAAUAGUACUGCAGAAGUUUCAUAUUCACAUUUAAAGAAAGGUUUAUCAAUAGAUGAAAUAGUAGAUUCCAGGAAGUUAGCUAGGAGCACUGUUGUUAAUCAUCUUAUAAGUGCUAUGAAACUUGGGUAUCCCAUUAAAAUGAGCCAAUUGGGUGUGUCAGAUGAUGUUAAAAAUAUUAUUGUACAAGCGAUAAGUGACAUAGGAGGAAAUUGGUCUUAUCUUAAACCUAUAAAGGAUGUUUGUCCAGAAGAUAUUACUUAUGAUCAAAUUAAAGUUGUAUGUACAUAUUUGGAAAUUAGGGCACAUCUACAAAAUGUAGGAAAACCAUAUAUAGAAUUUGAGGAUUUUAAAUAUUCUCAACUUAAUACCCCUUUAUCUCAAAGUAAAAAAACAGAAUCUGCUAAAGAUGUUAACAAUGAUUUACUGUCAGAUGUAAUUGCAGAAAUGCAAAAUCAAAUAAGCAAAGAGAAAAUUGAUUCUCUUGAUAGUAAUGUUAAUAUACAAGAUAAAUUUGAUAAAUGUAAUGAUACUGAAGUAGAUGAUCCACCAGCAAAAAAACUUAAACAAACAUUCUCUGUGUUGGAUUCUCCACCAAGAUAAUCACUCAUUAAAUAUUUUUGUUAAAACACACUUAUAUUUUCUAAGAUCUGAGUAUUCGUUAUUGUUUAGUUAUAUUUUUAUAUUCAUGAAAAUUGUAUAUCUGGAUUAAUAUAUACUUUUCUCAUUUUGAGUAAAUUUGCUGUUAAAUUAAGAAAACACUUUUUUGUAGUGUUUAGGGUCCUGUUAAAACAUUCCUAUAAUCAACCAUCAAAGAUAUUUUGAGAAAGAAAUAUUUGUAUGUGCUAAAUUUUUGAAAAUAUGUGUAAUUAAUACUUUUUGUGGGGGUGUGUUAUGGGAGGGGGGUAGUGUGUGGUAUUUGUAAUAAUUGAUUUAUGUUAGAUUCAUGGCGUCUAAAAUUUUUAACAUUAACUGAUUUUUAUUUAUUACAUUUCAAAUUCAUAGAAGAUAUUGGUUUGGCAGUUAAACUUAGUAAAACAUUUUGUUUCUUAUAUGUAUUAUGGCUAUAGUCAAAAUAUACAGGGUGUUUCAAAAGAAAUGCGAAAAACUUCAGGGGGUGAUUCCUUG